AUGUUGGGACACAGCAUCCAGAGGUUCAUCACCUCCAUGGGCCAUAGGAGCCACUUCAAGAGGGCCCAGGGAAGAACAUGCUGGUCUGUGGACAAGUGGAGGCUGCUGGCAAUGAUGACUUCAUGUUUUGGGUCUGGAUUUGCCACAUCGUUUUUCAUCAUAUCAGCUGCUUAA